AUCUCGAGUCAUGAAAUCUAUUUUGCAAGAAACUCAGUCCCUCACAAACGUUGGUCGAUUUCGCCAGUAAUGACACUGCUUCUAGGCCUAACUACAGAAUAGCCGGGACAGUAAAAACGAACAGUGACCAGCCCACCAGGUAGAAUGUCCACCAUCACCCAAGGAAUUGAUCGCAAUUCUCUCGACUUUCUGGUCCUCAAUGAAGAUGGUGCUGCACUUAGUUUUGCAUUACAGCAAUGUAAAACCGUCGGAGCUGCAAUGCAUCGUGACGGGAUGACGGCCAACACUAUGCCUCUGUCUAUCACCAAUUGCCAACAGGAUUACAGUCCUGCCAUUGUCUUAUUGGUUCAUCUCUCUGUUAUUUAGGAAGACACUUGCUUAGCUGAUAGACAUUCUGCAGAAUCAACAUGGUCGUGGAUCGGACUGUUAGGCGAAGAAGGGUUGAUUUGAAUGACUCCUCAACAGGGGAUGCUGACAGUGAUGCAUGGAGAAAAACUGCUGAUGAAAUGAAGGACACCCUCAACAAGGCAGAUUAUCGCUGUCCUGAUCAGAAGAAGGCAGAUUUGAAGGCAUCUCUCGGGAAAAGUCAGGCAAAGAAACUGUCUGAUAAAGCAUGGGCAAAAGCCAGAGCAGCAGGGAAAUCGUCUCAUUCGAGUAUCCUCUGUGGCUGUAUCACGUUCACGACACUGCUCAUGUUCGUCUCCCUAAUCAGCAUGGCCAUGAUCUCCAUUCCAAUCAAACCAGUCCCGUUCUACCUCCCUCCACCACCAGAUUACAAAGGUAGCUUAUCACGUAACAACAUGCUUCAAUACACGCGGCAGAUUUUAGAGAAUGAGCUGAUUGGACCGGAGUCAUUAGCUGUCAACAAAGAGACUGGGGUGAUUUAUACUGGUACAUAUGAUGGUAAAAUCGUUUCAAUAGAAGAUGGUGCGAUGAAGGUAAUAACGCAGUUAGGAAAAGCACCAUGUGGUAAAUUAGUCUAUGAGGCAUCCUGUGGUCGGCCCCUUGGUAUUCGGAUUGAUAAGGAUGGACAAUUAAUCGUUGUCGAUGCUUAUUUGGGCUUAUUCAAAAUUAACCCUAAGACUGGAGACCAGAAAAUACUUUUGUCUUCCCAGACCAAGAUUUUUGGUGUGAGGUCAAGCUUUCUGAAUGAUAUCGAUAUUGCACUGGAUGGCACUAUUUACAUCUCUGACUCCAGUACAAAAUGGCGGCGGAAAGAUUUUCAUCUUGUACUGAUGGAAGGGGCUCCUGAUGGCAGAGUAAUCUGGUAUAAACCUGAUACAAACACUUCCGGUGUCUUAGUGCAAGGUCUUCAUUUUCCAAAUGGUCUACAGCUCUCGCCAAGAAAUGAUAUCCUCUAUAUAUCUGAAACCUCAAGAGCAAGGAUUAUGAAGUACCACUUAACUGGUCCGUUAAAAGGGCAAACAAAAGUUUUUAAUGAAAAUCUUCCCGGUUUACCAGACAAUAUCCGUCCAAGUGAGAGCGGAGGAUAUUGGGUUGGGUUUGCCUCCGUGAGGAUGCCUGAGAAAUUCUCCAUCAUGGAUCUUAUUGCCCCACAUCCUUGGAUGAGGAAUAUUAUGUCAAAGUUGAUGUCACAAGAGCUUUUCAUGAAAGUAGCCACAAGGUCUUCGUACGGUUUAUUGGUGGAGUUGGACAAAAACGGCAAAAUCAUCCGGAGUUUCCAUGAUCGCUCAGGUUUCUUUGUCCCAUCCGUCAGUGAGGUAGCGGAACAUAAUGGAACAUUGUACUUAGGAUCAUUUUACCUUCCCUACCUUGGCGUGCUUGAUUGGAAGAAAUAUGAUAAAAGAUUACGAAGGAAUUAGGAAGUGAGGGAUAUGAAUAAAGACGAGUAAAUGCUUUUAUCUUGGGACUUGGACAGAGAGGCCAAGUGUAAAUUGACAUAAAGUUUCAUAAAGAAGCAUUUACUAGUCUUUAUUCUUGCCACCUAUUGUUAGAAGGGGAACAAGCAAAUGCAAGUGUUGUCCUGCAACUUAAAUGGAGGUUUCCAAUGGUUUAGUCUACCUUCCUUGCAACAUUGCUUCACCAUUUUAUGCUUUCAGAUGUCCCUGAAUGAAUUGCUUGGUUCUAAAGAGAGUGCAGCCUUGGAUAUAAAGGACCUGCACUCGCUUAAGAUCUCCUUAGAGACAAACAGCUAUUUGCUUGUUCCUACAUGUACCUAAGUUUCUGGGAUAAAACUUGGGUAGUUAUGCAAUGAAUAUUAAGUCUUUCUGAUCUCUGUAAAAAGCUACCGAUUGUGUAUAAUGCUUUUAUGUGGUAUAUGUGGUUGUAAAUAUAAAUUUUGUACUUGAUGUGCACAGUUGUAUGUAUGUAUGAAAUCCAUGUUGGGUAAUUUUUGCUAUGGCACAACCUUGUGCUGCAGGGAGUAGGUGUUUUAUUUGCUAGACGGUUCCAUGGUGCUUGAAGGAAAGAUAAUUUACUGUAUGACUACAGUGGUUAGUGCUGAAUGAGUCAUGCAUUUUCAUUCAGGCAUGAUCCUCCAACUACCGUGUGCACCGGUGUAUGCAAGAGACCAGGUAAUGCUGAACACUGGUACUUGAGCUUCUGUUUGACAUAGGUCAGGCUGGGACACCACGAGAUAUGGUGGUUUCCAUGACAUGCUAUUUUUUGGUUAUGACAAUUAUUAGCGUACAUGUACUUGCCAACCUUUAUUACUCUAAGUCAUUAUUGUUAUGCACCUUCACUAGAUGUCUUUCAUCUCACAAAAGUGCUUUUAUUGUGCUCGAAGUCAUUCUGCAGUUCAGCUUGGUGAUCUUUCAACAACAUGGGCUCAAUUUCUCAAAACUGUUUCUAGUUGCUUACAUUAAUGCAAACUAUAGAAAGUCAAAUUUCUUUAUAACAGGUUCAAAUAGUUGCUGAAAGUAAGGAAAUUGUCGUUCAUUUUAGAACUGCUGCCAUCAUUUUCAUUACUAAGUACAUUUUUAUGUUGUGAAAUAAAAUUUUGUUACAAUAAAUUUAUGAAAUCCAUG